CUUUUGGCCGCUAGCCGCCUAAGUCCUGCUUCCUGACUGACCCGUCGACUGGCUGACUCGCGGAGUCCCGAGCGCCAUGGCUUCCGCCGGAUUGGCCACCGGGCGACAAGCCGAGGAUGCGUUACCGCUGCCGGCCGAGCCACCGCUGCCCGAGACGAAGCCUCAGCCGCCGCCGCCGGUCGCCGCGCCGCAGCAGCCUUCGCCGGCGCCGAGGCCUCCCUCCCCUGCGGCCAUGAAGGAGGAGACCUAUUCCUUCUUACCUUUAGUCCACAACAUCAUCAAAUGCAUGGACAAGGACAGCCCAGAUGUCCACCAGGACCUGAACGCUCUCAAAACCAAGUUCCAGGAGAUGCGGAAGGUCAUCAGCACCAUGCCUGGCAUCCACCUGAGCCCCGAGCAGCAGCAGCAGCAGCUGCACAGCCUCCGGGAGCAAGUCAGGACCAAGAACGAGCUUCUGCAGAAGUACAAGAGCCUCUGCAUGUUCGAGAUCCCCAAGGAGUAGACGAGGCGGGCUCUCAGGGAUGCCUAUGAGAGAGCCGAGGCUGGUGUGGGUCAGUGCCAACUCUGGACUCUGUAGCUGACUGGGGUGGGGGCCACUCUACUGCUUCCUUAGCUGAGCUUGGCAUUGACUGUGAGAGGAGCCCACCUGGGAGCUUGGUUUUGUGAGAGCUUCCAUGUAUGUGUUUGUGUUUGUGUGUGUGAAUAUGUAUCUAUGUGUAUAUAUGUGUAAUGAAUGUUCCUAGAGGCUCCACGCCUACCUCUGGGGGGCAUCUGCUCUGUGUUCCAGCUCCACUGGCAUAUCUAAAGAGCAGAGUAGGAAAGGAGGCCUCUCCUCCUCCCCUGGACAUAAUCAUUGUGUACCAGAUACAUAUUGUUCUGUAACAGCAGUGCCACUCAACAUCUGCAUAGAAUCCUCUAGACAGAUGAGGCCUUGUGCUCACAUGGCAUGGGUUUCAAGUGGCAAAGGAAGGCUGCAAGAGGGCAUUGUUUUGAAAGGCUACAGGGUGGCUUUUUCUCCCAAAACAGUUUGUUUCUUUUUAUGUUUGAGCCAGUGUAACUGUCCAUGCGGAUGUCAGCCAGAACCCUGCCAGGUGGUUCCUUCUCCAGGUUCUCUGCCACCUACAUGUUCUUGUUACUUUUAGCUCUUGCUUCCUUAGUUUCCUGUCAUUGUCAGGCAUCCCGUUUAGCCAUUAGUGCCCAAGAGUGGCCACACCACCUCAAACCUAACACAGGGCCGGAGGGCACGGUUGUUUCAACGCAGACUCAGACAGCUUCCAGGUAAACGGGUGUGACCAAGCAGUUCUGAUUCGGUUCUGAAGGGUGGCGUGAGCUAUACCUGGAAGCUACGCAGCCAACUUCUGGUUUAUAAAAUGUUUACAAACACCCCUAAUUUCUUGCAGGUAAGAUGUUUUAUUUGCCCCUUAAGGAUAAGGUGAGAAUAGUAACCGAAUACUGUUUAAAUGUAGGAAUGAGCGAAUAACCUGUGCUGACCAGUUCAGGGGCUUAAUGGAUGCCUGCUGACUGACCGAAGGCAUCCGUUAGCUGGCAGGUUGGCUGAAGAUGUUUUAGCAGGGGUUCUGUUCCUGUGGCCCUCCAGCCACCUGUCAGAUGGCAGGGAUGUUGGGAACUCAUAUGUGUGAAGGGGGAUAUCAAGUUUCAGUGGCUUUGGACAGAAAAGCAGGCUCUGAAUUUAAGUGGAUAGUCACCUAUAAUAGACUUCUACCCUGGGACCAUUAUUUAACUGAAUCAGUUAUUUUCUUGAAAUUUCACAGUAGUGUGUGGGCCAGUUUUAAGGCUCUGACCAAAUACCAUGAAACAAGAAUCACAUAGAAUACAGGACCACUGGGGCCUUCCUGCAAGGCUGAAAUGUCAGUGUUAAUGGCUUGUGACAUUUUUCAAGAGUAUAAUUAAAUGAACUGGUGCUCUGCUCUCAGGA